AUGUCCUUCUUCAUUUGGAGACUCUUCUCAAAAAUAAUUCCCACAGAUGACAUUCUGAAGUUGAAGGGUUUGAGGGGUCCUUCUAGAUGCACUUUCUGCCUGUCUCAAGAGGAAACACUUACCCAUCUUUUCUUUGAGUGCAAUUGGGUACAGGAUGUUUGGUCCUUUGUGAUUGGUAAACUUAGAAUCCCAACUUUGAACCUCACAUGGAAGGUGUUCUAUACUAGCUGGUCUGAUUGGAGGGGAUCUGAACUCCAGGACAUCCCCAAUAUUGUGGCAUGGUUUGUGUGGAUGGCUAGGAACCAGGCAAAGCAUGAUAACUCCCUUAUUAAUCCUAUGAGGGUGGGUCUCAAUUGUUCUACUUUUAUUCACAAACUGAUCAAAUUUAAAAAGUUUAAGGCUGUGUUGGAGAUUGGUUCUUUUCCUAAGCCUCAAACUUCCAAAGUUGUGACAAUCUGCUGGACCCUCCCAAAGUUUGGCUGGACCAAAAUUAACAUUGAUGGCAGUCAUAAAUCCCAGUCUGCAGGCAUUGGUGGGGUUUUCAGGAACCAUGAGGGGAAAUUCAUCUUAUACUUCCAAUCUCCAAUCAAGGCUGUUCACUCACUUGAGGAAGAAUGUCAAGCAAUUUUUUGGGCCAUCAACUUAGCUAGAUCUUGCUUGCUUGAUCAGUUAUGGGUUGAAUCUGACUCCUUGCAACUUAUUAACUUCUUCCAUGGGAUUUCAGAAACCCCAUGGAACUUAAUCUGCUGGAUGUCUGGUAUUCAUCAAUUGCUUAAAUUUUGCUCUAUAAAGUUCUCUCAUAUUCACAGAGAAGGAAAUAGACCAUCCAACUAG